GACAUAUGGCAGAGGGGACGUCAUGCAUCACGUGUGUAUUUUUUCAAAGCCAUGCACCCGAGGUUAGAGUUCAGUAAAUACUGAUGAUGUCAUCGUCUGAAGAUGGCUGAAGGAGAAGGCUGGUGGGGAGGCUGGCUUCAGCAGAGCUUCCAGGCCGUCAAAGAAAAGUCAUCUGAGGCCUUGGAAUUCCUAAAGCGAGACCUGACAGAGUUCUCCACUGUGGUGCAACAUGACACAACCUGCUCACUCGUGGCAACAGCCACUGCUGUCAGAAAUAAACUUGCAGUGGAAGGUUCCUCUGAGACUACAGAAAAGGUGAAGAAGAGCCUCUCUAGUUUCUUAGGGGUCAUCUCAGACACACUUGCUCCACCCCCGGAUAAAACCAUUGACUGUGAUGUAAUCACACUGGUGGCAACGGCAGCAGGAACUACAGAGGUUUAUGACAGUUCUAAGGCACGUCUCUACAGUUUGCAAGCUGACCCUGCUACAUACUGCAAUGAACCUGAUGGUCCCCCAGAGCAGUUUGACAACUGGCUGUCCACUUUCAGUUUGGAAGAUAAAAAGGGAGAAAUCUCAGAGCUUUUGGUCGACAGUCCCUCUAUACGCGCCCUUUAUACCAAAAUGGUGCCAGCAGCUGUGGCCCAUUCAGAAUUCUGGCAGAGGUAUUUCUACAAAGUCUUCCAGUUGGACCAGGAGGAGGCGAGGAGAGUGGCAUUGAAGCAGAGGGCUGAACAGACUACACACACAGAGACCCUGGGCUGGGAGGAGGAGGAGGAGGAUGACUUCCUCGGCACCACGUCAUCAUCUCAACUUAACUUUACUCCCCCGUUGGACAGCCGCUCAACGCAGCUGCCCACGACCUCAACGACUCCAACAGGAAUGACUCUGCUGAGCCCCGUCCUGUCUUCCAGCGAAGAGCGUGACCCCACCCUCUCAUUCAGCAGCGACAGCGUCAGCCUGCCGACACAGGUAGAAGUGCAACCAGAGCCUGUUGCCACUGAGCUGGCCGAGAGAAUGACAGAAGCUAGCUUGGAAGAUGUAGAUAAGGCACAAGAAGAGCAGAGGCUGCGAAAGAGUGACUUACCUCUUGAGGCUCAAUUGGAAGUAACUCAGCCAGAGGUCACUGUUGAUGGGGUGUCCGUGCGGGCUUCGGCCCCCACCACUAAGCCAGAAGCAGCAAAGGAGGACGGCCCGCAGGACCUGAGAGUGUUCGAGCUAAAUUCUGACAGCGGGAAAUCUACGCCCUCUAACAAUGGCAAAAAAGGGUCCAGCACCGAUGUGAGUGAGGACUGGGAGAAAGACUUUGACCUGGACAUGACCGAAGAAGAAGUCCAACUGGCACUCUCUAAAAUAGAAGCCUCUGGAGAGAUUGAUGAAGACUGGGAGAACUGGGACUGAGAGCCACUGCGACAUGAACUCUGUCCCGCCAUUAAAGCUAGUUCUCGGCAGACGAACCAUGCUUAACGUGUUUUAACUCUUUGUCCACACUGUCACCAUGUCAUGAUUGUCAGUAGGGGAUUUUCCGCCUGGUUUGGACCAUAUUGGUAAACCUGUUGAAAAGCGCAACGGGAAGACCAAGGCAAUAAGAAUUAGACUGCUCCGUCAGCUGUCAGUUUAGUGCAGAUUGGCCGCUAGUGAGGGUAAUGAGUCAGGUCUUGGCUAUUUCUAGGAGUAAUUUGUGACUUGGAGAGCAUAUGACACUAGUAACAGACAGAGGUUGUAAUCAUUCUGACCUUAAAGCUUAAUGAUGCGCAGUGACAAGUCAGAAUGUGAAAGGUUUCACUGCAGCAGGGGAGGAUAUGUUUUCCUUUUAUGCCAUUAAAUUCAUCAUCUAUGUUGCGAGUGUAUUUCAAGUUGACCAACGACAUAACUGCAGGCUGCAAAAUAGCCAUAAACUAAUGCUGCUUGUCACCUUCCUAAGAUGAAGUACUCCGCAAGUGAUUUUUGAAUGGUGAUGAUCAAUUUAUUUAAUUCUGCCUGUGCCCCUUGCUUUCUUUCUCAUCUUUAUUAUGCAAGUGGAUCUUCAAAUAGAGAGGGGAAAACAUUCUGGCCUUCAUUCAUAGAGCAUUUUUCAUUUUGGAUUCACUCCCAACUCUAGAUAUAUGGCCUUGUAAAACACACAGUAGUGUGAUAAUGUUAUCCAAAUGUCUUUGUUACAAGUCAGUCACCUGAACCACAACCAGCUAAUGUCUCAACAUUAGACAUUUCCCCACUCUCUGUCAUGUCAUGUGAUUCAUUUGAAUAUAUGAGCUUGUUGCAGGCUACGUGUAACUUUCUGUCACCUUUAAGCAUUUCACUUCUUUGAGUUGCUUAUCCGUUUGUCUUAUUCGGGUAGAGGGAAUUCAUUAAUUAUCACUCAUUAGUCAUAAUGAUAAAAGUCAUAUCUGACUUAAAGAGAAUUCAAACUGGUCCUGGAUACUGGAUUCUUUGGCUUGAAACUGAAGGUAGCGUCUGUUGUUAUUUACUUGUAGAGGGGAAUAUGACAACUCUGUGAAGCUUUAAGUUUCUGUCGCGGCCCAUGUUUGGAACAAAAUAGCUCAGCAGGCCGUGUGCCAAGUAGACCAAGGAGCAAGAUGAGCACGCUCCAUGCUUCCCUGAUUUCCUUUUCCAUCACCUGUAAUGUAACUGAGAAAAAUAAUCCUAGAGAGGUAAUAUUUAUACUAAAAUAAAUGCUUAAUUAUUGUAUCAUGUGCUUUGGAUUGCAUGUCUGUGCAAUAACAUGCAAAACACUGUGCAGAUGUUUUCUGUUUCUGAGUUGUAUGUUUUUCAGUAAAGACAUUGGCUGUUCAGGUUUUUGUGUUCAGACAAUGUGUUGACAAUGUUGUGCAUGUUUGUAAUUCUCAGCUGUGUAUUCCCUUAACCUUCACACUUUGAACUAAUUGAGCAAAGCUGUUCUACACACAUCUGAUUCAAAGCUGUCAAGUUCUUUUUUUUUUUUUUUUUUUUUUUUUUUUUUUUUAUUAAGUCAAGUAUUUCACUAUAUUUUUCAAAUGAUCAUUGUCAUUAAAGGAUUCAUGGCAAAUGG